UUUCUUGAAAAAAAAAAAUAUAACUAUCAUCAGACAAAAAACAAUAGAUAAUACAUAGUUUGCUUUUGUAGGAUUGUUAAACGAUCAAAAGAUGGCGAAAUGGAGUGCAAUAGUAGUGAUAAUGAUGAUGGUGAUUGUUGUGGUGGCAGUAGAAGCAAAAGCGACUCAAAAAGAUUGGAUUCGAUGUUUUCGCAAGUGUUCAAAGAAUUGUGAUGACCACGACGGUAAUUGCUUUGAACGCUGCAAAAUCAAAUGCGGUGGCCCAAACCCUCCUCAUGGCCCUUCUGGCCCUCCCCAUAGUUUCUCAAGAAUCUCACAUGGGACGGCAUCUAGGGAUUAAGGAAGUUCACGGAAGGAGGCAAUGAUUUAAUUAAUUUUCCGUAGAAGAUUUGUGAUCAUGACUACCAUUUUUUCAGUUUUAUGUUCAUGCAUGUUAAAAAUCUAAUAAAAAUAUUGAUAAAAAGUUAUCUAUUUUACAGGCUAUAUAAGUCCCAAAGAUUUUAAAAGCAAAUUUACAUAA